AUGUCAGAUACUGAAACCGGAUUACCAGUGAACUGGGCCAUUCGUGUAUCCCGUACGCAUAAUAAAGAAUAUUAUUUAAAUCAAGCAACUAAAGAAUCAUCUUGGGAACCACCUUUUGGAACCGAUAACGACAAAUUACUGAAAUACAUAGCUAAGUUCAAAGCCAACGGAAAUAAGCCAGUUAUUCCUGAGGAUGGUAAGAUUCGUGCAUCGCAUCUUUUAGUGAAGAGUAAUCAAUCGAGAAGACCAAAAUCAUGGAAAUAUCCAGAUGGAAUAACCAGAACCAGAGACGAAGCUAUCGUAUUAAUGAAGCAAUACCAGCAAAAAAUAUUGAGCGGAGAAAUCAAAUUAGAAGAUUUGGUUUCCACUGAAAGUGACUGCUCUUCUCAUGCUCAGGGUGGUGACUUAGGAUUUUUUGGUAAGGGUCAAAUGCAGCCUCCCUUUGAAGAAGCUGCGUUCGGAUUAAAUGUUGGUGAGAUCAGUGACCUUGUUGAAAGUGAUAGUGGAAUUCAUUUGAUACAAAGAACUGCUUGA